GCGCCUACUGCGAGAGCACGAACACUGAAUGUCCUAUGAUCAUUGUUCUUGGUCUCUCAUCAUUGUAAAGAGUUAAACGAGUAGUGUAAACUGAUUCUGUGUAGUUAGAUAGAUUCAUACCACAGUUAUGUCGGAUGCUGCAGAGUUGAAAAAACUUGUAAAGCAAUUACAAGGCGCUUCGAACGUUUUGGAUAUAGUUAACAUAUUGAGCAUUCUCAAACGAGAUCAUCAAGUCAAUGAAGCAAUACUGAGGGAAAGCAAAGCGGGAUUAGCAGUAGGCAAACUACGAGCCCAUGAAUCGCCCGAGGUAUCUGGAGCUGCGAAGGAGCUAGUGAAAAAGUGGAAAACAGAGGUAGAAAAAGCUAAACAGGCGACGGCCUCGUCGCAAACUGCGAAGCCUCAGGCUCCCCGAAAAGCUUCUACGGCAUCGAACGGAGCUAUUACACCAACUGCUACCGCAAACAAGAUUGCUCGUACUGCCAAAUCGGAUGGUGUCAAGGUCACUGGUACGGGCGACGGCACAAGAGAUAAAUGUGCAGAACUGCUGUAUGAUGGUCUCGCUUGCGAUUCUGGUGCUCCGACAGAGCUCAUCCUACAACGAGCUAAAGCCGUAGAGGUUGCUGUGUUGAACAACAUCGGGUCUACAUCUGCCGCCUAUAAGUCCAAAAUUCGAUCCCUCUUCGUCAACUUAAAAGACAAAGGCAACCCGAGUCUACGAGAAGACGUCGUCAGCGGCGAUAUUUCAGCAGAGAGACUCGCAAAGAUGUCACCUGGUGACAUGGCUUCGGCGGAGCGGAAGGCGGCCGACGACAAGAUUAAGCAGAACAAUCUAUUCGCAUCUCUCGGUGCAGAAGAACAACAAGCAGAAACAGAUGCUUUUCAGUGCGGGCGCUGCAAGCAAAGGAAAUGUCGCUAUCGUCAGGCUCAAACCCGAUCUGCUGAUGAACCUAUGACCACUUUUGUCACUUGCGUUAACUGUGGAAACAGGUGGAAAUUCUCUUGAACCCUAACUGUGAAUAUCACUUCGUCAAAAAAAAUUACCGUAUGACUUCUUCUCGACUGCUUAUUCUUAUCAUUCAUUCCCCAGAAAUUCUGGAGAAUCUUCAAUUUAUCAGUCUAUGUUCUACCUCGUACUGUACAUGUACUAUUUCAUUGUAUAUAAGUAAAGAGUUCACGUCGAGUUUCAAUGUAUUGAC